UUGUGUUAGAAUGUCUCGUGCCAAGAAGACUCGCGGCUGUCACUCACUGUGCGCGGCCUGACGCACAGACCUCAGACCGGUGAAUUUAUCUAAAAUAUAAUGAUCAGUCGCGUAUUAUUGUGACCAACUGACUCUGAGACGUUUGAAGGAAAGGGUGUUUGUCGGUAUCAGUGCAGCCAUGCUGUCCAGAUUAAGCACAAGUGUGAGGCCGUGUGUGAGUGUGUGCCGAUGGGUUCACACUAAAGAGAAGGGGAAACCACUCAUGCUCAACCCACGUACCAACAAGGGCAUGGCCUUCUCUCUGAAGGAACGGCAGAUUUUGGGCAUUCAUGGUCUGUUGCCACCAAAGAUCGAGACGCAGGACACCCAAGCCAUGCGCUUCCAGAAGAACCUGAAGAAGAUGUCCGACCCACUGCAGAAGUACAUCUAUCUGAUGGGGAUUCAGGAAAGAAACGAGCGUCUCUUCUAUCGCGUGCUGAUGGAAGAAAUUGAGGCUCUCAUGCCCAUCGUCUACACGCCUACAGUUGGUCUCGCAUGUACUCAGUAUGGACAUAUCUUCAGGCGGCCCAAAGGUCUGUUUAUCUCCAUUAAGGACCAAGGACAUGUUCGUUCCAUAUUGGAUAAUUGGCCAGAGACCAGUGUCAAGGCUGUAGUGGUGACGGACGGUGAGCGUAUCCUGGGUCUGGGGGAUCUGGGAGUGUAUGGGAUGGGUAUUCCUGUAGGAAAGCUGUGUCUUUAUACGGCCUGUGCUGGAAUCCGGCCUGAGAGUUGUCUGCCGGUCUGCAUUGAUGUAGGCACAGAUAAUGAGAAGUUACUGAGGGACCCGUUCUACAUGGGUCUGUAUCAGCGGCGUGACCGUACCCAGCGCUACGACGAUCUCAUAGAUGAGUUCAUGGAGGCUGUGGUGGAUAAAUACGGACAGGACACCCUCAUACAAUUUGAGGACUUUGGAAAUCACAAUGCCUUCCGAUUCCUGAAGAAAUACCGUGAGAAGUACUGCACCUUCAAUGAUGACAUCCAGGGCACUGCAUCAGUAGCUCUGGCAGGUUUACUGGCAGCUCAGCGUGUUGUGGGGAAGCCAAUAACUGAACAUAAAGUUCUGUUUCUGGGGGCUGGAGAGGCAGCUCUGGGAAUCGCUAAUCUAAUCGUGAUGUCGAUGAUGGAGUUGGGAAUAUCUCAGGCAGAAGCCAGAAAGAAAAUCUGGAUGUUUGAUAAAUACGGUCUGUUAGUAAAGGGCAGAGCUUAUGAGACAGAUAGUAAUCAGGAGGCUUUUGUUCAUCCUGAUCCCGGGGACGUGAAAAGCUUCUUAGACGCUGUCAAUGUUAUUAAACCCACAGCAAUCAUUGGUGUGGCAGGUGCUGGCCGGCUCUUCUCUCAUGAUGUCAUCAAAGCAAUGGGCAGCUUGAACGAGCGUCCCAUAAUCUUCGCCCUCAGCAACCCGACUGCUAAGGCAGAGUGUACAGCUGAAGACGCUUACAGCCUCACACAGGGAAGGUGUUUGUUUGCCAGUGGCAGUCCGUUCGCACCUGUGUCACUAGAAGAUGGCAGCAUACUGACCCCUGGACAGGGCAACAACGCUUAUAUAUUCCCAGGUGUAGCUCUGGCUGUUAUACUCAGUGGAGUGCGACACAUCAGUGAUACGGUCUUCCUUGAAGCUGCAAAGACGCUGGCGGAUCAGCUGACGGAUGAAGAGCUGAGUCAGGGCCGACUGUAUCCACCCCUGUCCAACAUCAGAGAGGUGUCACUGCAGAUGGCCAUCAAGGUGGUGGAGUAUGUGUAUUCAAAGGGAAUGGCGUUUCGAUACCCAGAGCCUAUGGAUAAGGAAACGUACGUCAGAUCGGUUGUGUGGAACACCAACUACGAUUCCUUUCUGCCCGACAUGUACGACUGGCCCGGGGUUUCUCACAGCCCUGUAGUAGACUAGACAAACACACGAGAAAACACCAGACAGAGAGAAACAGAACAAAAACCCAAAGUCUGAAGGGAGUUUUCAUUCUUCUGUUUUAGGAACUCCUUUUCUUCCUAGUAUUUAUUCAUAUUACUCCCUUUGCUUAAAUUGCAAUUUCAGUUUAUGGAUGAAUUUUACAAAUCAUAUACAUGUCCAGGAAACAUUUCACUCCAGAAUCCAAAUAAAUAAAUACUAAAUAAUGUUUUGCAUGAAGAAAAUGAAGCCCAUUUGAAUUAUUUUUAUCACAAUUAAGCACAUUUUUACCCAAAAUGCACUGUGAAAUAUUUUAUUUACUUUUUAAAGUAUUUAUGCAUUAUAAUGUUUAGUUGUAUUUCCUGCCAUUUGUACAACACUUCUUCACUCUAAUAUAGUUGAGAAUCUAAUAAACAAUUAAGAAUAAUAUAAAUUUACUCUAAAGUAAAAUGUCCAGAUCCAUUAUGGCAAUGAGAAUUUGGUUGUAAAUGUGCCCAAUUUUCAUGAAAAAAAAAAAAAAAAUCAUAAUGGUACUAAUCAGGCUUUAUUUGCUUUAUGCAAAAUAUAUUUUAUUUAUUUAUUUUUUCACACCCUUACAGUGUUUUCUGCAGCCAUCACUCCAGUGUUGAGUUGGAUAGCGUGCCUUGCCACUCCUCUCAGUUGUUUUUAUAUGCUGCGUACAAUCCUCUCGUUUUCUAAAAUGAAGUCACACUCCAUUUGUUUGUGUUUGUUUCUUGUUGUGUCUGUAACAUUCAUUCAGUUCAUAAAGAUCCGUUUAUUUCCUAGUUGAGGAGGAAGUACAGGACAUGAAGGACUAGCAGAGUUCAGUAUAUUGCACAGUAUUACAGUCAUUGCAUUAUGGCAUAUAUUUGUAGCUGUGACUGUGAGCUUUUAGGGCAUUUACCAGCAAAUAUUCACAAGCUUAGAAUAUGAAGGGGUUAACUUGGAAAACGACCAGCUGACUACAUUAUUCAUCUUAGUACAUAGCUACUUCCCAUAUAAAUCAAUACAUGGACCAUUACAUAUUGAUUUAAGUUCAAAUUAUGUGAAAAAGAGAAAGAACAUGGAGAUAAAUUAGAAAUAUAAUACUAUUAAAGCUUGUUUCAUGCAACAGCAGUAAAUUCUAGUUAAAUAGUUUAAUAAUAUUAAAAUAUUCGAAUGCAGAAUACAGCUAUUGUCCAUCAGAAAAAUAAUUGUACCAAAGUGCCUGCUUAUACAUCUUCAUGUGGUCACAGCAUGUUGUACGUUAGUUAUUUUAUAUGCUAUAGUAAAUGCAGUAGCCAAAGGUCACAAGAACAACACAUUUACAGAAGUUUGGAAACUGCACAGAGGAGGUUUUUUCUUUAGACAGCAUAUCGUACACAAAUUAACUAGUGAACCCUCUUAUAUUCAGGACCAACAUAUAGAGAUGUUUCAUUUGUCAGUUCUUUGACACUUUAGUAGGAGUGGUCAAUGUUGUACACCUGUAUUGAUGCAGUUAAUAUUUUUGAACUCAAUCCGUCAUCACAUCUAGAGGUGAUGAGCAGGUGCAUUGUGGGUAGAGAUUAUUUUACUAUGUGAUACUGCUUUAGUGUCUGAACACUAGGAGCUGCUCAGAACCCUGUGUGCGCUGUUGCAAGUGCAGAAUAAACAUUUGUCCUCGAAUCA